GGGGGGGAACUGUGGCUGUUUCCCCGCUGAACCGAGCGUCCGGAGGUCAGCCUGUGUGUCGUGAGAGCGAAGCGGAGUUAGUCCUGGUUCAGCUCCGGGCUGUCACACACUUAUUUACAUUACAACACAACACCACCGCUGCUAGCAUAACUUCGUGAGCUAACGUUAGCAUGGAGAGCACACAGCUCCUCACAGAGUCGUGUCAUCAUCGUCAUUAUCAUCUUCAUCAUCUUCAUCGUCACAAGCCCUGGUUUCUUCAUGGAUCCGUCCAUGUAAUUUAGAUCCGUGCACAGAUGACUUCCUAAAGUUUAUCAGAUUAGAUAUCGGGAGUUGUAGUUUUCGGACGUUGGGUGUGUGUUGAAGUAACGGCAGCUGUCACCGGGUUCAUCUGACUGGAACACGAUGUUACACAUCAGCACAAGUUGAAGUCAUCGCAGAAGGACAAGGUUCGGCAGUUCAUGUCUUUCACACAGGCUGUGGAGAGGACAGCCGUGUAUUGCCUGACGCAGAAUGACUGGAAACUAGAAGUCGCCACAGACAACUACUUCCAAAACCCAGACCUCUACUACAAAGAAUCCAUGAAAACCUCAGUAGACCGCAAGAAGCUGGAGCAGCUCUACAACAAAUACAAAGACCCCCAGGAUGAGAAUAAGAUAGGCAUCGAUGGGAUCCAGCAGUUCUGUGAUGACCUGUUCCUGGACCCAGCUAGCAUGAGUAUACUUGUGGUGGCGUGGAAGUUCAGGGCGGCCACGCAAUGCGAGUUCAGCAGGAAAGAGUUUCUGGAUGGCAUGUCUGAGCUAGGCUGUGACAGCCCUGAAAAACUCAAGUCGAUCCUUCCCAGACUGGAGCAGGAGCUGAAAGACACAGGAAAGUUCAAAGACUUCUACCAGUUUACUUUCAAUUUUGCCAAGAACCCCGGCCAGAAAGGUUUAGACCUAGAGAUGGCUGUGGCUUAUUGGAAUCUAGUUCUCACGGGUCGCUUUAAGUUCUUGGAUCUCUGGAACCGGUUCCUGCUGGAGCAUCACAAGCGGUCGAUACCCAAGGAUACAUGGAACCUCCUCCUGGACUUUGGCAAUAUGAUUGCAGACGACAUGUCAAACUAUGACGAGGAAGGGGCAUGGCCUGUCCUCAUAGAUGACUUUGUGGAGUUUGCUCGGCCGAUAGUGACGGGGAUUACAUGCAACUUGACAUAAUGUUUGUCCCAGCUUCAUGCAGCAGAUGGAGUUUGUGUUUCUUCCACUUUUUCUUGUUCUUUGACUGAGAAUUUUUAUACAAAUGAGCCAAAAAGAGACUUCUCAAUAAGCCCGCCGCAGCUUGUUGUUAAGAUUGUUCUUCCAACUGCAUACGAUGCCUUGGUUGAGGAGUGACCUUGAAAACCAGUUACGAGAGGAAAGCAGGAGGGAAAUCAAAAAGAGAUGAAUGCUGACAAGGACAGACUAUAUUUGCAAUAUGGAUAUAAUAGGUACCCAAAAACUCGACCCUCGAGGGUAAGUCACAGAUGGGUGCGGCUUUGAACUGCUGCUGUGGACUUGGCUCACUUACCUACACCCUUGGCACAGUGAGGAGGGGCAGUCAAAGUGAGCGUCCAGCACAUGCAGAGGAUUCUGUUGAAGAUGCAGUAGGAGGACGUGGCUUCUCACCUUGUAAAUUGUGAAUGGAACGGUGUGUUUAAAACUGCAUGUUUUUGUCGGCUCGUGUGAAGCUGUGCUGUGGACGCUAAGGAGGGAAAGAAGUAAUCUACAUUAUUUUGACUGAGAUUGUGAAUGGGUAGUUCUCUAACAAUCAAACUGCGAGUGGAGAAAGUGUGUGUGCGUUUGUGUGCGUUUGUGUGCGUUUGGGGCAGGGAGUUAAACAUAUUGCCUCUUUUACAAUACAAUGCGAAAUAUUUUGUUUUAAUUCAUGUAAGAGUUAAAGUGAUGUUGAAAAGGUUCAGAAGCACGUUUUGUACUCAGAGGAUUUGAUGAAGCAGCAUGCUUUUCGAACUCAGCACCAGCAGAAUCGCUCUUGUUACAACUGUAAAACACUGUUCUAAUAAAAGAUAAGAGUAGAUGAACAAAAACGUGUAUCUGAGAAAACAAGUAAUGCCGUUUAUAAUCAUUAGAACAUAACAAGCAUUUAGAGUAGGAUCCUUAUUGUUUAAAAAUGCUGUUGCAUUGCAUUUGUUAGUGUUGGUUUCCUUUGGUUUUGCAGUGUGUAAACUGCUGAACACAAAAAGGAACUGACUGGCACAUUGACUGUUUUAUUAUAUUACUACAAUCCAGGUUAUAAUGACUUGCCAACUCUGCAAACUGCACUGAUUUACACUUUUUUCUGUUUUACACGACAGUAGGUUUCAUUUACACUUUAGACUUUUUAAAAAGAAAAAUACAAAUCCCAGAUUAGAUUAGUUUAAAUGUUUCUUUACACAGCUUGAGGUUUAAUUCUUUAUUGGCAACUGUAGGGCAGAAGUGGUAUGUUAAAGCUCCACAGAGCUACUGCAGAGACUUUAUGUAUGAGAAAAACAUGCCACUUUAAGAACAGUGCUUGUGCUGCCAUCUAUGGGUGGCUGUGCAGUAUAUUAUUUCUCUGCGUUAUAGCUAGAUGGGGUCGCAAGUCUGUGAGUAACACAUAAACUGGGAUAAUUUGACCUCUGACCCUUAGUGCUUAGUGCAGCAAUGCUUUUCCUCCUGUACAGGAUUUGAUGUUGUUUUUUCAGUGUCAUUAUAAACACUAAACAACUCUGUCUUAAUUCCAUCAGCUCUCCCAGAUACAGAGUGACAGAAGGUAAAGAGCUCAGGUACCAGUCGGCUCGCAGCAGGCAGCCUCCUGUACUCACAUGAUUAUUUAACCUACCUAUGCUUUCUGUUCUAACUGGUGAGCUGCUCUCUUCUUCUGCCAAGUGUUGUCACCAUGAUCAAACCUGUGCCACGUCAACAGCUAACUGCAGGGGAGAUUAUUACUUUUUAUUAGGUUGACAAACUGUUUCAAUUCUCAUAUUUAUGUAGACAUGAGUCGGUGAUAAACCACAGCGGUGUUCAUGAAUGUAACCGUCAUGAAAUCAAUCAGGAUGGAAGUUAAUUAUGAUUUCUGUCCCAGAUGGAAUGUGGAUGAGUGGCAAGAGAAAAACAGAUACAUGUGUGUUGCUUCAGUGAAAUAUGUUAUAAUCUGUCAGUACUGUUCAAAUGUGUGUAAACCGAUCACAGUCAGGACGACAGUGAGGUGAUGUGAGAGCUAAGAAAGAAAAUGUAGAAUGAAAAAAUCUUUCAGUAUUCAGUGCUAAUAUGGUACAUUACAGACGAGUUUAUUUGUCAAAUGUGUGAUCAACUGUUUUUAGUCAUGCUAAUCAUUCUCAUCAAAACAGUGUUAUUUUUACCAGCAAGAAACUGGUAUGUCCUAUUUACAGAAUAUCAUGUUUUGUCACAGAAACAUACCAUGCAUUGUUUUCUUUCAGAAAAUUGUCAAUAAAGCAUGUUGUUUUUAA